AACUGAAUGUGGAACAUUCAAAGCUCCCCCGAAAAUUGAUUUGAAUCGUAUAUAAGACCAGAAAUUUUAGGUAGGUUUAUCACUCACAAAAACUACCAACAACCAACAACACAAUGGCAGCUAAGAUCAUCGUUUUCUGUGCCGCUUUGGCUUACGCCAAUGCUGGUCUUUUGAGCGCCCCAGCUCUCUCUACCUAUUCCGCUGGUCCCGUCAUAUCUGCUUACUCUGCCGCUCCAGCUCUCUCGUACGCUGCCCCAGCUAUCUCCACCUACGCUGCCCCAGCCGUUAAAGUAGCCGCCCCAGCUAUUUCUUACUCCGCUCCAGCUAUUUCUACCUACGCUGCCGCCCCAGCCAUCUCCACAUACGCUGCUGCUCCAGCUGUGACCAAAAUUUCUUCCGUAGCCACCUCUUCCGUCCACCCAGCCCCAGCGUUGAGAAUUGCCGCCCCAGCUAUCUCCACCUACGCUGCGGCCCCAGCUCUCUCUUACUCCGCUCCAGCCAUCUCCACUUACGCCGCUGCCCCAGCUCUUAAAGUAGCUGCUCCAGCUUUGUCUUACGCUGCCCCAGCUAUCUCUAGCUACGCUGCUGCCCCAGCUCUCUCUUACUCCGCUCCAGCCAUCUCCACUUACGCCGCUGCCCCAGCUCUGAAAGUAGCUGCCCCAGCUUUGUCUUACUCCGCACCAGCUAUCUCUACCUAUGCUGCUGCCCCAGCUCUCUCCACCUACGCUGCCCCAGCACUGAAAGUAGCCUCUCCAGUAGCUUCCCUCGGAUACGCUGCCAACUACGGAUGGUAAAUCCUGUGCUAGUUGUAAUGUUAUUGUAAAUAUUAUUAUUUAUUAUGAUAAUAAAUUUUUUACGAUUAA